UAUUUCAUAACUGAGUUCUAAGUUAUACAAUUCCACUGGUUAUUUGGAUCAUAUCACCUGUUCUUGAUCCACGUAAAUACUUGAAGUUUUCAAAAUUUUAUUAAGUAUACUCACUUUUUUUAGUGUCUUCUCUCUUUGCCAUAUACACAAAGGUUUACAUUAAAAUAGUGGGAAAUAAAGGUUAAAGGAACAAAAAAGAAAACAAGUUGACACACUGUCUUUUAAUUAUUCACUGGCCUCUAUAAAUCCAGCCUAGCCUCUCUCCCCACUUCUUAAAACUCGUUUCUUCUUCUUCUAUCAAAUCAGAUCAAACCCUAUUUUCUUGCUCUCAAAAUUUUGGAUAUAUCUUCUCUUAAGUUCUGAAAUUGUCUUUUUUUUUUUCUUGGGCCAAAAAAAAUGAGUUGCAAUGGAUGUAGAGUUCUUCGAAAAGGUUGCAGCGAAACAUGCAUCCUUCGUCCUUGCUUCCAAUGGAUCGAAUCCGCCGAGUCACAAGGCCACGCCACCUUGUUCGUCGCUAAAUUCUUUGGCCGUGCCGGUCUCAUGACUUUCAUCUCCGCCGUACCUGAACUAAACCGCCCUGCUUUGUUUCAGUCCUUGUUGUUUGAAGCGUGUGGGAGGACGGUUAAUCCGGUUAACGGAGCGGCUGGUCUGUUAGGGUCUGGAAACUGGCACGUGUGCCAAGCGGCGGUUGAAACUGUUCUUCGUGGUGGUACUUUAAGACCGAUCUCAGAUCUCCUCCCAUCGCCCUCGUUGAUCUCCUCCAAUGACUCUACCGUGAUCUGUACCGAUAUUGGCCGUUUCUCGACCUCAAGAACCAAGCUAUCGACGUCGGAUAUGAAAGAACCUCCGGUUAACCGGAGACGGUCGAAGACCGAACGGUCUGAAUCGGUUAUAGAUGUCCAGUUGAACCACAGGUUAGAUCUAACCAUUCCAGUUGUACCGGUUCCUUUACUUCCUCCAACGCCGUUUCGUAAGGUGGUCAACGGUGAACGUCCGGGAAGUCCAUCGGAGGAGUCUGUAACGACGUCCUGCAGUGAAAAUGGAAUCAUCGGCUAUAACAAAAGAGAGAGAAAGUUGUUAAACCUUUUUGUUUAAUUUAAAACCGACGACGCAAACUCUUCGCACUUAGUUUUUGAGGGUUCCUUUUAGGGUUUUAUCGGUUGAUUAAUGAUUUUCUAUACCGAGAGAAAUAUGAUAACUUUUUGGUGAUACAGAUGAGAUGAUAAAUAAUCUGCGGUUUGCUACUUUGUUUUUACACAGAAAUAUGAUGAUCCAACCUUAUAAGUA